AUGGGGGAAAAAAAAGGGAGAAUUUGGGUUUCAAAUAGCCAAUCUUCCAAGUUCAUUGAUGCUGUCAGGAGGCAGGUAUCUGUAUCUCGUCAUGAUCAUCUCGGAGUCGAAUGUUGA